AUGUACACACAAACAGAGAGUGAUAUCAAGGAAUCAUCAAAGAACCUAAUGAGUGGUGAUUUCGAGAGACAAUACAAGGAAGGGAUGGAGAAAAGUGGUCGGAGAAAUGGAUGUGUGAUUUAUGGUGUAUCUGUGGGGGCUCUAGCCAUAUGGCUGCUCGUGAUAACUGUGGUUCGGGAAGUGCAAAUCGCCAACCUUCGGCAGGAGGUGGAUCAACUUGCUGCGAGCAUGAUUGCGAUGUCAGCGAAUGUCAUGUCCGUUAACCAGAAGCUGACCAACAAUCGGUUGUUUAAUGAGUUCAAGAAUUUGGAAGACACGGUAAGUGUUUGUUUACUUUGA